CAAGGUGUCUCCGUGUACACGCCAAUCUCGUUAUAAUUUCUGCGCUAUCUUUGUUAACUGUGAUUAACGUAACUUUCGUUCUGUCCAUCGUGUUCGAUGUAGAAUUUGAAAUUGAUUGAAUUUUAAUUAAUGUUUUGAUUGAUGAAUCGAAGUUGUGAACAGUGCUGACAUUUGUAUGUUAAUCUUGAAAAAUGACAAUAGCAAUGCAUACAACUUAGUAUUGGUUCUAGUACAGUAAUAAAUUUGGUAAUCCGUAAUUUCGUGAUGUUUUAAAUAUUUAUUUAUUUGUCUUCGUUGUUUACUUUAUUGUCGUUUGACAAUUAAAUUCGUGAUUGUACGAUGCAAAAAUUUCGUGUCGCGAGCUUCAAGACACGAUUCGAAAAUAGUUCAUCGAGCGGUGGGGCGGGCAAUCAACGAGGAUCAAUGGCGGUCGAUAUUUUAGACGAGGACCACUUCGCGGUGAGCGCGAUCGUCACGGUCGGUAUGCAAAUUAUCUUCUUCACGAUCGCGGCGACCUUCCAGCUGGACAAAUUGACGGACUUUGCCGGUGGCACAAACUUCAUCAUUCUCGCCCUUCUCACUUUCUUUCUCGGCCAAGUGGGCAAGCCUUAUGACAGUAGGCAACUUAUGGUCACCGUAUUUGUUUGUCUGUGGGGAGUUCGCCUAUCUGGAUAUCUCUUGUACCGGAUUAUUAAGAUUGGACGAGAUAAAAGGUUUGAAGAUCGUCGUAGCAAUGUAAUUCGUUUUGCAGUAUUUUGGACGUUUCAGGCUGUUUGGGUGUACGUGGUGAGUCUCCCGGUAAUUAUCAUUAAUUCACCACGACACAAAAUUCCACCUGCCCCUAAAACUAUGACACCGUACGACAGCGCCGGUACAGGUCUCUUCGUGACCGGCUUGUUAGCUGAAACAUAUGCUGAUCUACAAAAAUUCUCUUUCAAACAGGAUCCUAUAAAUAAUGGGAAAUGGUGCAACGAUGGGCUGUGGCGAUUGUCUAGGCACCCGAAUUACUUUGGGGAGAUAAUAGUAUGGUGGGGUAUCUUUGUGAUAUCUUUGAAUGUAAUUGAAGGAGCCGAAUGGGUCGCUAUAGCUUCUCCAAUCUUCACUACGUUUAUUAUUCUAUUCUUGUCUGGGAUGCCUCUGUUGGAAAGAGCUUCCGAUGAGAGAUAUCGCGACAACGCCGAGUACCGUUUUUACAAGCAGUCCACGUCGCCAUUGAUACCGAUACCGCCGUCAAUCUACAUGGAGGUGCCACAAUUCCUCAAGUUUAUCUUCUGCUGUGAAUUCCCUUUGUACGAUUCGUUGGACGUGAAGCCACGGGCAGCUGUCACCGAGUCAACGUCCAUAAGUCUAGCAGCAUCCACGUAGCUAUAGCCACACGCCGGACGUCAAAGUUCUGAGUCCGGCGUGCAAUCCAGCGUCACGGCCACGGCCAGCACAGCAUUUUAACAGAGAUGUUGAAAUCUGUGUUUCACUGUUUUUAUCUCUCACUUGAGAGUGAUAAACGAGAAGCUAUGAUCGAUUGACUAAAUUUGGAACCCUGUGUAUGAGGCUGACAUUUGAUUCAUGGCUGAUACCUGAAUAUAUUUAUGUUUCACUGUUGAUGCAAUGUGAUAAAUCACUUCUACCAUAUGGUACUUUAAAGAGAUGCAAGGAAAUCAAAAGAAAUGGUACUUCUAAUGGUAAUUCAAAAGAAUCUUAGAAUCAGAAGUAAUUUAUCUAAAAAUCAAACAUACUUAAUAUUCUCUUAAUGAAUUUUUGACGAGUUCUAACUUCUUUAAGAACUUAAGAUACUUUAAAACGUAUACAAAGUUGAAGAUCUUCAUUGUACUACCUCGAAUAACAUGUUCUUGAUAUUGAAAUCGAGUUCAUCGUUAUAGUUAGAUUGAUAGUAAUUGAAGUUACCAAAAUAAAUGUAUAAUAGUUAAUUCCAGAGACUUGAAAUUAUACAUGUGUAUAGUUUAUGCUGAAACUUCGUACAAAGCAAUUGAGUAAUUUUAUUUUGUAAAAUAUUCAACGGUAUACUUUAGUUGUAUUUUAAACAUAGAUUGUCGGUUUCGUAUAGAACACAAGAUUUAAGUUCUUGCGAAAAUAGUUGCAGCAUUAAUAGCACCAUAGCAACAUGAGAAUGUAAUUGAAAAUAUUUUUGGAUCAGUAGGGACCACACGCACAAUUAUAUUAAUUGCUUAUGCCUAUUUUUACAUGUGUAGAUGUAAAUCUAUAUUUUGGAAAGUGACUUACAAAAUAUAAGAUUAAUGGAAUGCAAAAAGGAAGCGAGUUGCUAUCUAAAAAUUCCUUUCAAGCUCUGUACUUGCUAUCAUUAAGUUACAAAUCUAUUGAAACAUUCUUAAUAAAUCAAAUGUUAUUUCAGAAAAAGUUGUUUCAAGAAAACUUUCAAACUAUGCAUAGAAUGUAAGUUAACGUUUAUUCUGAAUGUAAUUCUAAUAAAAAUUAAGAGCCUGUUUGAAUGAUACUGAGUGACUGGAUAUGAUUGUAGUAUUAAAUUAUAGCAAUAUAAAACAUAUCCAAAUGCCGAGUAGAACUAUUAAAGAACGGAGGCAUAAUUUUAAAAAAGUAUUAUUAGCUGUAUUCUUUAAAUAUAUACUAACUCACAUUCAAAAAUUUAAUGUUUCUAAAUUCUUCUUAUAAAUAAGAUAAAAAAAUUCUAUAAAGUAAGUCACUUGAAAUAUCAGUCACGCUUUAAAAAGAAUGCAGCUAUAGAUUAACAUUGUCCGCCAAAUUAUAAAUAAAAUGUUACAUUGUAAAUGAUCCUCAGAGAUCGUUUCAAUCGUUUGUUGUUAUGUACAUCUUCAGAAUUUUAGAUAAUAAAGAAAGUUGGUCCAAUCACA